GAAUUGAUUGGAUUGCACUGGAUAUAAGGAGGCCUUUUAUUCUCAAACCAAAGACGACGACUUUACUUCUCAUUCUCUCCUCUUCAACUACCCACUCUACUCACAAAUUUUCUCCUUCUGCAACUCAAAAAUUAGAAGAAAAGAUGAUGCAUAUGACCUUGUACUGGGGCAUAAAAGUAACCCUACUAUUCGAUUCAUGGAAAACCGAUUCAUGGCCGAGUUACCUCGUCUCUCUACUCGCUUGUUGCCUCUUCUCCGCUUUCUACCAAUACAUGGAAGAUCGUCGCAUCAAAUUCAAAACCCUAGCCGUCGCCGUUAACAACACUCCGUCGCAAGGGGUGCCGCUUUUGGGAUCCUCAAAACUACGCCGUUUCAGCUCCGCGAAAUUCGCUUCUGCUAUUCUGUUUGGGUUUAAUUCGGCGAUCGGGUAUUUGUUGAUGUUGGCUGUUAUGUCCUUUAACGGCGGCGUUUUCUUGGCUAUUGUUGCUGGGUUGUCUGUUGGGUAUUUGUUGUUUCGAUUCGAAGAUGAGCAGCGUGUGGUUAUUGUAGAGGAUCCGUGCCCUUGUGCAUAGUUAAUUUUGUAAUUUUAAUUUCUCUGUAUUAUUAUAAUUUACAUGAUAUUGAGUGAAUCAGCUCUCUUUUUUUCA